UGAACCUCCUGGCCGGAGGCGGCAGCAGCGGGCGGCGGAGCCGGUACAAUGUAGCAGCGACAACGGAGUACAGUGUAGCCAGCCGGUCCGGUACAAUGUAGCGGCAGCCAGACAGAGGAGGAAGGGCGGAAGAAGGAUUCUGAGAAGUCCCGAGUGAUCUUUCUGCUCCCGUUCUAUUGAUCGGAACAGUCAUAUUACCAUGCCUAGGUGCAGGGAAGGCUGGGCAAUUGUGCGGCAAUGAUGAUUCCUCACUCAGGAUGAAAGGGUGGGAUGCUAUGGAAUAUGAUGAGAAGCUGGCUCGGUUCCGGCAGGCCCACCUCAACCCUUUCAACAAGCCGCUUGGACCAAGACAACAUGAACAGGAGCCCAGUGAGAAGUCCCAAGAAGUCACUUCUGAAGAGACUCUGCCUGAGCUGCCCACUGGGGAGCCUGAGUUCCACUACUCUGAGCGCGUGAUGGAUCUUGGCCUGUCUGAAGACCACUUUUCCCGCCCUGUGGGUCUUUUCCUAGCCUCCGAUGUCCAGCAGCUGCGGCAGGCCAUUGAAGAGUGCAAGCAGGUGAUUCUGGAGCUGCCAGAGCAGUCAGAGAAACAGAAGGAUGCUGUGGUGAGGCUCAUUCACCUCCGGCUGAAGCUCCAGGAGCUGAAGGAUCCCAAUGAGGAGGAACCCAACAUCCGGGUUCUCCUAGAGCAUCGCUUCUACAAGGAGAAGAGCAAGAGUGUCAAGCAAACCUGUGAUAAGUGCAACACCAUCAUCUGGGGCCUCAUCCAGACCUGGUACACCUGUACAGGGUGUUAUUACCGCUGUCACAGCAAGUGCCUGAACCUCAUCUCCAAACCCUGUGUCAGCUCCAAGGUUAGUCACCAGGCUGAGUAUGAGCUGAACAUCUGCCCUGAGACUGGGCUGGACAGCCAGGACUACCGAUGUGCUGAGUGCCGGGCUCCCAUCUCUCUGCGAGGUGUGCCUAGCGAGGCCCGGCAGUGCGACUACACUGGCCAGUACUACUGCAGCCACUGCCACUGGAAUGACCUGGCUGUGAUCCCCGCUCGAGUGGUGCACAACUGGGACUUUGAGCCACGCAAGGUGUCCCGCUGCAGCAUGCGCUACCUGGCAUUGAUGGUGUCUCGGCCAGUGCUCCGGCUCCGGGAGAUUAACCCUCUGCUGUUUAACUACGUGGAAGAGCUGGUGGAGAUCCGGAAGCUGCGCCAAGACAUCCUGCUCAUGAAGCCAUACUUCAUCACCUGCAAGGAGGCCAUGGAGGCACGCUUGCUGCUGCAGCUCCAGGACCGACAGCAUUUUGUGGAGAACGAUGAGAUGUACUCUAUCCAGGACCUCUUGGAGGUGCACAUGGGCCGCCUCAGCUGCUCGCUCACUGAGAUCCACACGCUCUUUGCCAAGCACAUCAAGCUGGACUGUGAGCGGUGCCAAGCCAAGGGGUUCGUGUGUGAACUCUGCAAAGAAGGUGACGUGCUGUUCCCAUUUGACAGCCAUACCUCUGUGUGCACCGACUGUUCAGCUGUCUUCCACAGGGACUGCUAUUAUGACAACUCAACCACGUGCCCCAAGUGUGCCCGGCUCAACUUGAGGAAGCAGUCACUGUUCCAGGAACCUGGUCUGGAUGUGGAUGUCUAGAACAUUGGAGGAGACAGCAGGCACCAUAUCCUCCCCUCUGGCUGUCAACCUGCUGGCAUUGCCAGCCAGGUGUUCAUUCUCCUCUGGAGACCCCGAGUGCAUUCUCUGGGCCUCUUCAUCUCUUUGGGGCCAGAAGGAAGUGACUGGUAGUCACAAGGACUCUCAUUCCCCAGGUGCUUGCUGAGACUUGGGAGUUCUAUGCCUGGCUGUUUAUUGGGUGUGCUGCUAAAAGGGGUCAGAAUGCUGCUCAUGCCCCACUGUAGGACUCCUUAGGCAGGGGAGCCUGGGUGUGACUCCCCAGGAAAGUGGGGAGUCAUUCUACUAUGGCACAGAGCCCUCCAGUCCUUUACAACCAAUCCUUCUGGGCCUUAGAGAGGGCCCUGCUCCUGUCUACACUACCCUGACAACUGGUCAGAAACUCCAGAGGCCUGUCCAGGGAGACCAGAGGAAGCCUUCUGACUGAGUUUUAUCUUUGCUGUAGAUAAUUUAGGUUCUACUUAGAGGCUUCUGUCCCUCUUAGCACCUUGUCUCCUUAGGGCUCCAGGUUUUCUCGGACUGGGGCUGUUCACAAUGGUGUCCCACGGACUGUCUCAGCAUCCUGAGAGUCCUCCUUCUCCUUAGUCUGUCAGUCCUGUGUGUUUCCCUGCCCUGUUUGUACAAUAGGGAGGGAGGGGUCUGUGGAGCUUUCUUGGCAGAUACACCUGCCAAGCCUGCCGUAGCCUAGUCCACUUCAUCCUGGUGCUCUGAGCUGGGCAGCGGGACUCAUCCCAAGGAAGAUAUCGCAGUCUCCAGUUACAUAGGUGGGACUGUGUCCCGGGAACAGGUUCAAGGUCAGGUUAGCUGGUCAGUUGUUGUUGGCCAGUGUGGCAUUUGGGGGACCAAAUUUUCCCACAGAAGUCUGUCCUGUUGCUGCAGAGCUCUGCUUAAAGAUGAUCAGUUACUGAGUUUUGAUUUAGAAGCCUGAGGCCAAGAGCUAGGAAUAUUUGCUUGAGAGAGACCCAAGCAGUAGCUCUGUGGCCCAUGCAGGAAAGUCUAGGCUUUGAAGGUAGGCAUGACCUACAGCUUUCCAGUGAGGCACAUUCCACCUCCAUGCACACACCCCAUAAAUCUUAGGGUUGAAGGUGUGUAGCGUCAAGGGGCUCUCAGAAUCUGCCUUCUGUCUUUCCUAGGAAGCAGGAAUCGUUUGCACCUGCCCCUUUACUCCCUGCCUGUGAAUUGCCUUUGACACACACAGGUGGUGGGCAGAGGCCAAGGAGUGUCACAACUUGGAUUUCCCUCACCUUUAAUGAGGCAUAAGAAGGGACGCCUCAACGAGCAGGAUGAAGCUUAGCUUGCUGGCCUGUCUGAGGGGUGGCUGGACGUACUGCCACCUCUUUCUUGCUCCUCUGUACCAUCAGGUAGCUUUACUUUUGCUAUCUUUUCUGUUUCAAUUUUCCCAUCUGGGAAAUAGGGAAAGUGGAGUUGACCUGCCUCAGGGUGGAAGAAUAAGGGUUCCUUUGCUUGUGAUGUGGGUCAGCAGCAGGUCCCUGUCCUGCUUCCUCUUUGGUGUUAAAGAGGGUCUUAAAACCAAAUGCCAUUUUCCCACACGCCCGAAUCUUUGUGUUUCUUACCAUUGUAUCACAUUUCUGUCCUGUGCUAUUGGCCCUUCCUGAACCUCCUGUGUAAUCAGCAUCACAUGUUCCCAGCUAUAAAUCAUAGUGUCUAAAGAAAUGUUACUAGUCUGGUGUUGGUUGAACAAAGUGUGGGGCCCCCUCUUACAAUACACUCCAAACCUCCUUCCUCAAUACCUCUUCUCUACCUUCGACUUCAGGAUGAUGUAGAUUUUCGUGGGUCCCUCUGUGAGUCUACAGUUUGGCAAGAAGAGUCUAGCAGGCCAAGUGGCGGCAGUAGUGAUGCAUGCCUUUAAUCCCAGCACUUAGGAGGCAGAGGCAGGCAGAUCUCUGUGAGUUCAAGGACAGCCUGGUCUACAGAGAGAGUUCCAGGACAGCCAGGGCUACAUAGAGAAACCCUGUCUUGAGAAAACAAAACAAAAAAAGGGAAAAAAAUCCAAAAUAAUAAUAACAAUAAUAAUUAAUAAUAAAAAUAAUAAUCUAGCCAGGAGCAAAAGCCCAUUUGCAUGGCUAAUACUUAUGGAAGAGUACACCCAGUGAUAUCCAGCAUGGAACCAGGGAGGCCCUGUCAUGACCAUGCCAUUUUCUCAGUCUCAUUAAAUAUGGGAUGUCUGGACUGGUGUAUUAUGAAUCUUGGAUAAAGCAGAGUUCAGACAUACAAGCCAAUUACAGAUUUAGGGAAACAUCUUGGCCUUCCCUAUUUUGUGGGUUUCAGUAUGAUAUUUGAGGAUAAAUAAUAUUUAGGGGUUCAUUGGGAGAAACAUUUAUAAUGGUGUCAGACAAGGCCUGAGCCUUUUCUGACAAUGUGUAGAGAAAUUUCCCAAUUUUUCUUGGUCUUCAUUUGGGUGAGAUGGGAUGCUCACACAUGGGGUUUAGGUUCCAGGAAUUUCACCUAUUUUACCAUUUCUCAUGUACUUGGCAUGCAAGGAAUGCUCUGUAAUAGGAACUUUGUUUCUCUGAAGUCCUCGAUUGUCUUGUUUACUUAAGUAUGAGACCAUCUGAUUGUAUAAUCAUGACACACUCAGCAAGAGCUCUACUUGAGCUCCUGGAAACAUCACUCAUCUCUGUAAGCCAGAUGCAGGAAAAGUGCCAUGAUUGCAGUUCAAGGCCAUGACCUUUGCCCUUGAAUAAUGUUUUCAAUGCACUGGCUUCAGAGGAACUACAAACACUCUUUCAGUAUGCCCCAGCAUGGUGGUGUACCCCCAAAGUCUGAACACUUGAAAGAAGGGAAUAUCCAGAGUCAGAGGUCAGCUUGGGACAUAGAGUGGGAUAAUGUUUUAUGAUUUUCCCCAAAUAAGACACCCUCAAACAAUUCAAUCUUCAUAGGCUAAAUUGCUGUUACCCUAUGCCAGAGAGAAGCCCACACACCCACAGAAGACUCUGGGUUGAGAUGCCUCCAACCACAGGUCGGGGACUGUAGCUGCACUUUGGAUGUCCUCCACCUAGGAAUGUACAGCUCCCUUUCAGGUUUCAAGUGUUAGUUUUCUUUUGAUGCUUUUUUUUUUUUUUUUUUUUUUUUUUUUUUGGUUUUUCGAGACAGGGUUUCUCUGUGUAGCUUUGCACCUUUCCUGGAACUCGCUUUGGAGACCAGGCUGGCCUCGAACUCACAGAGAUCCGCCUGGCUCUGCCUCCCGAGUGCUGGGAUUAAAGGCGUGCGCCACCACCGCCUGGCGAUGCUUUUAUUUUAAAGUAGGCAAAACUUCCUAUUUGGCCAUUUUCUGGAUUCCCUAAAUGUUAACAUUUUGCCCUGUUCAUUUUAUUUUCAUUUUCUGCAUGUACACUUGUGAGCAUGUUUGUGCAUGUGUGUAUGUGUGUGUGUAAUCAUUUGUUAUUACUUUUUAGAUAUUGCCCUUUCUAAAUUCACAUUUAUAUUCCUCUAGAAUAUUUUUUUUGGGAGGCUGGAGAAUUGGCUUAGUAGUUAAGAGCACUGGUUGCUCUUGCAGAGGACCUGGGUUCAUUCCUAGCACCCACAUGGCAACUCACAACCAUAUGUAACUCUAGUCCCAUAGGAUCUUAUGCCCUCUUUUGACUUUGUAGGCACCAGCCACGAAUGUGGUACACAUUCGUGUAUAUAUACAUGUAGGCAAAAUACUCGUACACAUAAAAUAAAAUAGAUAAAUUUAAAAAAAAAUUUUUUUUUCAGCCAGGCAUCAUGGUGCACACCUUAUUCCCAGCACUUGGGAGUCAGAGGCAGGUGGAUCUCUAAAUUCAAGGCCAGCCUGGUCUACAAGUUCCAGGACAGCCAGGACCACACAGAGAAACUCUAUCUCUAAAAACAAACAAACAAAACAAAACAAACAAAACCCCAAUAAAUAAGGAAGUAAGUAAGUAAAUAAAUAAAUAGUAUUUCAUGUCUUUAAUUCACCUAUUAAAGUUAAGAUUUUAUUCACAGGACUGGGUGUGGUGGUGCACACACCUUUAAUCCCAGCACUCAGGAAGCAGAGGCAGGUGGAUCUCUGUGAGUUUGAGGUCAGCUUGGUCUACAUAGAGAGUUCCAGGCCAGUCAGGGCUAUGUAGAGAGACCCUGCAUCAAAAAAACAAAAAACAGCAAAGCAGAAAGAUCAGUUCACACUGGAGUGCAGCUAAACUGGAAAAGAGCAUGUCUAGCAUGCAUGAAGCCUUGGGCUUGAUCUCUAGCAUAAACUGGGCAUGGUGGCACAGGACUGUAAUCCAAUACUCUCUGGAGGUAGAGGGAGGAAUACCAGGAGUUCACAAUGACCUUUGACUGCAUAAAUAUGUCUGAGGGCAGCUUAGACUAUAUGAGACUCUGUCAAAACAGAAACCAACUCAGGAUGCAGAGGCAGGGGGACCUCUGAGUUUGAGGCCAGCCUGGUCUACAGAGUGAGUUCCAGGACAGCCAGAGCUCCACACAGAAACCCUGUUUCAAAAAAUAAAAAAAAACAAGGCCAGGUGGUAGUGGUGCAUGUCUUUAAUCCCUGCACUUGGAAGGCAGAAGCAGGUGGAUCUCUGAGUUCAAGAAACCAACUCAGGAUGCAGAGCCAGGCAGAUCUCUAAGUUUGAGGCCAGCCUGGUCUACAGAGCAAGAUCCAGGACAGGCACCAAAACCACCAGAGAAGCCCUGUCUCAAAAAACAAAAAAAAUGCCAGGAGGUGGUUGGUGAAUGCCUUUAAUCCCAGCACUGGGGAGGCAGAGGCAGGUAGAUCUCUGAGUUCGAGGCCAGCCUGGGCUACCAAGUGAGUUCCAGGAAAGGCACAAAGCUACACAGAGAAACCCUGUCUCAAAAAACCAAAAAUAAAUAAAUAAACAAACAAAAAACCCCAAACAAAACAAAAUACAACCCAAGUUGCCUUUGCUCCUGCAAGGUCAAAUAUUUGAAUGUUUGACAAGUUGGUGGAACUGUUUGGGAAAGAUUAGGAGAUGUGGCCUUGUUGUGGAAGAUGUGUCACUAGGAGUGAGCUUUGCGGUUUAAUCAGGCCCAGUUUCUCUCUGCCUCCUGCCUGGGCAUCAGGAUAUAGGCUCUCACCUACUGCUCAGCACCAGGCCUGCCUGCCUGCCUCCACACUCCCGGCCAUGGUGGUCAUGGACUCACCCUCUGAAACUGUGAGCAAGCCCCCAGUUAAAUGCCCUGGUCAUGGUGUUUUAUCACAGCAAUAGAACAAUAGCCAAGACACCUGGCUAAGGUGGCGUACUAGUUACUUUUUCAUUGCUGUGCCAAUACUUGAUAGAGCAGCUUUAGCUGGGCAUGGUGGCACACACCUUUAAUCUCACCACUUGGGAGGCAGAAGCAGGUGGAUCUCUGAGUUCAAGGCUAGCAUGGUGUACAGAGUGACUUCCAGGACAGCCAAGACUCCACAGAGAAACCCUGUCUUU